CAUAAGAUAAUCAAGUGUUGUUAGUUGUAUUCCAUUGUUUUUCACUUCAUUAGUUAUGUGUUAGUUAUUUGGUUCAUCCAAUGUUUGUUAUAGCAGUACAAUCAUUCAAAUCUUUACUUGGAUAUUAUAAGUGUGGCUCAUAUCCUAGCUACUGUCACUGUCACCUUCUGAGAUUUCAUUCACUUUUUUUUAUCAUAUCUUAUUUUCUUCAUUCUCCUAAUUAGCUCCAACUUGUUCCUUACUUUAAGCAGCCCAAACUACAGAAGAUCUUGUGGACAUAUAACAUAAUAAAGUAACUUACCUAUUAUUAAGAAGAUGAUGAAUAUAACAAAUGUGAGCGAGUAUGAAGCAAUUGCAAAGGAAAAAUUGCCAAAGAUGAUUUAUGAUUACUUUGCAUCAGGGGGAGAGGAUCAGUGGACUUUGAAAGAGAAUCGGAAUGCAUUCUCAAGGAUUAUGUUCAGGCCACGUAUUCUUAUCGAUGUAAGCAAGAUAGAUUUGACAACAACUGUGUUAGGCUUCAAAAUAUCAAUGCCUAUCAUGAUUGCUCCUACAGCUGCACAAAAGAUGGCUCACCCUGAAGGAGAAUAUGCUACUGCUAGAGCAGCAUCAGCAGCUGGCACCAUCAUGACACUAUCUUCAUGGGCUACUUCUAGCAUUGAGGAGAUUGUUUCAACAGGACCUGGCAUUCGUUUCCUCCAACUCUACCUGUUUAAAGACCGAAAUAUGGUUAUUGAACUUGUGAGAAGAGCUGAAAAUGCUGGUUUCAAGGCAAUUGUCCUUACUGCAGACUCUCCGGUCAUUGGUCGUAAAGAGGCUAGCAUAAAAAAUAGAUUUAAACUACCAUCAUAUGUGAGAAUGAAGAACUUUGAAGUCAUGGAUCUUGAAAAGUUGUAUAAGACUAAAGACAAUGGUAGUCACACCUCUGUUGUUAAUGGCCUAUAUGACCAAUCACUCACCUGGAAGGAUGUAAAGUGGCUUCAAACAAUCACCCCAUUGCCCAUUUUAGUGAAGGGAGUACUUACUGCUCAAGAUGCAAGGUUAGCCAUACAAGCUGGAGCUUCCGGAAUCAUUGUUUCCAAUCAUGGUGGUCGCCAACUUGACUAUGUCCCUGCAACUAUUAUGGCUUUAGAAGAGGUUGUUCAAGCUGCAGAAGGAAGAAUUCCUGUUUUUAUGGAUGGUGGAGUCCGCCGAGGGACAGAUGUUUUUAAAGCAUUGGCUCUUGGAGCAUCGGGUGUAUUUAUUGGAAGACCCGUGGUGUUCUCAUUGGCUGCUGAGGGUGAAGCUGGUAUACGAAAGGCACUUAAGAUGCUUCAUGAUGAACUUGAAAUAACCAUGGCACUUUGUGGUUGCCCUUCACUCAAGGACAUAACUCGUCACCAUGUUGUAACUGAGCGUGACCGCCCAAGAAUUGCUCCUAGAUUAUGAGAUCAUACUCUAUAGUGUUAGAGCUAUCAUUAUCUUCUAAAACUUUCAGUAAUAUAUUUUGACAAGUUUGAGUUUGAUAGUGUAUUUUGACAGAUAUGAGAUUAGAUGGUGGAUUGAAAAAAUGCCAUAUAAAUUUGUUAUAUGCAAUGAAUUACCAUCCAUCAGUUUGUAGUAA